GUCAAGCAAGACUUGUUUUUGUGGAUAUCAGUUGGAUCUAACUGAAUUGAGAUACCUCACGAGGUCUAUCGCGCAACUGCGACCAACAUGGCGCCACGCGGCCAUACUCUACCCGAGGCGGCAACAGAAUCAGCAAGAGAAGCACGCAAAGCGUUCUUUUGCGAACUAUGCCAGAAGGGCUACGCGCGAAUGCCCGAAUUUGAAGCCCACGAGAAUUCCUACGACCAUCAGCACCGCAAGCGACUCAAAGAAAUGCGAAACCUUACCAAAGAUCCUUCUGCUGCUGCUCGCCAACGUGCCGCAGAGGAGAAGGCCAACGCAGAAUCUGGACUGAAGUCCAUCUCACUCGCUGGUGCUGGCGCCUCGACAGCUUCAAGUGGCAAGAAGAAGCCAGUCUUCAAGUCGACAUUGCAGUCGAAAGAUGCUCCUGCGGCGCCUGUGAAACUGGUUGAUGAUGUAGUAGACGAUGCCACAGAUCCCAGUGCUGCCGUACGGAACGGCUGGUCUGAUCGAGCCUACAAGCCAGGCCACUUUCCUCAAGGCACGCCACGACUUUCGCUGGAAGAAGUAGAAAAGAAAACGCAAGAUUUGCUGGAGCAAAUCAGGCAAGGCGGUCAGCAGAGACAGUGGCUAUCCGAGCGACCCGACGAGUAUGAGAGGCACUGGCAAGAGAGCAUGGUCGGCACACAGCAGCCCUCUUGAACUACUUAGGCACUCUAUUUGGCAACUCGUUCCCGGCCAUUCCUGUGCUAAUGGUACUUGACCGCUCUAACUGUAUCCAUGGCCACUUGGGCGCCGAUGCCAGCAAAGAACCUUGAUUGCCAGACCAGUCGAUUGGAUCCAGUCGAAAGAAUUACCUGAAUGGCCACACUCUACAUCAGCUUUUGAAUGCUUCGAGCCGGCCUUCUUGAUCGUCAGCCGAUCGACGCCCGGUGCUCACCCGCAAGAGAAAUCCUCAGAGGGGUUGCCAUGAGCUGAAUGCAAGGAGUUGCAGCUCCUUCAGGUGGACGCAACUUGAACAUCUGGCACUGGUGCCCAUGACCGAACACAGCUGCCCAAACAAUAGACCGCUCCUGGCCCCCAUCAGUCAUCAGCACAGCUGAAAUGUCCAAUAGAGCCGCAAUACCGCUCGACUCUACUAUCGACUUCGCAAGCCACACCUUGGCAACCUCGUAUAAGGACACUUCGUGUCACCACACCUGUCAAGCUUCUCCUCAAGCUUGACCAGAUCAGUGCCCUCUCACUGCAGAUGGCGCAGGUCAUGAGUUGAGGUUAUAGCUCCAGUCCAGCCAGCCACGGAGAUGUUCAGAGCACGAUAGCAAAUGGAUGUUGAUGCCACCAGGUGCAAGCGAGGCACAAGCAGGGCGAGCCUAAUAGACCGCAGGAAUAGGUAGAGUCGGCUACUUGUGAACAGACCGGUCAAGAUUGUAUAUAUGGAGCUAUAAAGUGCAGACACUCAAAGCUCUAAAGGCUGGCCCAUCAUCGUUCUUAUCUCAUACAAGCGCAAACAACAUUCGCCUCCUACUUCCACA